AUUUAUCUCGAAAUGAACUAAUGCAUUAUUAACAGACAAAAGAUAUUCCAUGAUGACUAAAAUAAGGUAAUAUUUAAGCUCUUACAAUUACGCUACAAUAAUAUGAAACUAUGGACAUUCUACAAUAAUAUGAAAAUAUGGACAUUCUACCGGUAAAUUUUAAAGCUCUGCAGUUUUGCGGAGCAUGGAAGGAACGAGAAGACGACAAUAUGUGUGUUGCAUUUUUGCGUUUUUGUUAUAGAUACGCGGUUGUUUUCUUGAUAUAUGAAUUUACAAUACUUGAUGCGGUAGAAGUAAUUCGUACGCGUGAUCACAUUCACGAAUUAACAGAAGGGCUCUUUUUGGGAUUGACCUUCUUGACGUUGAGUGUAAAAUAUGCAAAUUUUCUACUACGGGAGAAUAAAGUGUCGGAAUUGCUGGAUUAUCUGCGUAUAAAAAUGUGUCAACCAAAAAAUUCUACGGAACAACUAAUAAUGGAAGAACAUAAUCGUAAAGCUAAAUGGAGCACUGUAUCAUUCAUGAUGAUAUCUUUCGCAACUGGGCUGGGUUUUAUGAUUACUCCAGCUCUAGGCCUACUUACAAAAAACGAGCAUGUGCUGCCGUUGAAGUCAUACAUUCCAUAUUCCGUGUCGAAUCUAUUUAUAUAUUUAGCAACAUACCUGCAGCAGUUUAUAACGCUGUUCUAUGGGAUAAUGCUCAACGUUUCCUUCGACAGUCUUAUUUACGGCUUCAUAAUUCAUACUUGCGCACAGAUCGAGCUGAUGUGUCAUCGAUUGACGGAAAAUUUGAAUUGUAUCUCUUCCGAAAGAAAGUCACAGACGAAUGUCUCGAUCGAGGAAUGCGUUAGACAUCAUUUACUCGUUAAGAUUUUGGUAAAAAAAAUGCAAGAAUUAUUCAUAUGGUCGGUUAUGGUAUUUUUCUUUUUCAGUCUAGUCAUUGUGUGCACCAGUAUUUUUCUAAUAUCAAAGACGAGACUGCUCAGCUUUGAGUUUCUUUCUAUGCUUCUAUAUUUGAGUGGUAUGUUGCUUCAAUUGUUUUACUAUUGUUGGUAUGGAAACGAGCUUGAAUUGAAGAGCAAAGGCAUCGCAACUGCUAUUUAUUCCAGUGAUUGGACAAAAGUGACGCCACAAGAUCGCAAAUCUCUCAUCUUCAUCAUGAUAAACAGUCAGAAAGGGAUAAUGUUCUCUUAUCAUGGAAUAUUUGCAUUAUCACUUAACACCUUCACUUGGAUCUGCAGGACCUCUUACUCAGCAUACAAUCUCUUACAACAGGCAUCAAAUUAAUGAAUUGUUGCCUCGUUUGUAGUGAAAAAAAUAAAAUUUAUUUUAUGUAAUUUUUAUAUCUUGUUGUCCACAAAAUUGUAAAACACAGCGCGAUUCUUUCGAAGAAUUUUUCUUUACAUUAAGAAGUUUCUUUAAUGAGCAUAAUUCAGAAAGGACGCACAUUAGAAAUAUUUUCAUACGCAGUAAUGUGUCAUUAAUGAACAUGAUGAAAUAACAAAAAUUCAAA